CUGUUUAUUGCACACAUUUUAUAUAUUUUGGAUUAAAACAUUUUUUUAAUAGUCUAUAUUAUCCUAGCUAUUUCACGUAAACCUUGUAACCCCCUCCUUUACGCAAUACUUUUUUAUGACAACACAUCCGGUUAAGUGGUGCAAUGCAGCUACCAUUCGUAAAAUGCCCAAACAUUCUUGGGUCUAGAAGAAAAAAUGGUACGAUGCGGCUACAGUUAGUAAAAUGCCCAAACAUUGCAGUUUUCCAUCAGAGAAUCAGUCUUCAGUAGUUCUUCGACGCGCUAACCCGUUUUUCCAUCACAUUUUCAGAAUGCUGCGCAAAGUUUUAGAAAAAUUCUUUGCCAUCGGGUGCAGUAUAAAUCGCAUCCUAAUUCUAGCUGAGUAUUUAUCCGCUUUGACGGACAAUGACAGUGCGAAUUAUGAUGUAUUUUAUAAGUUCGCGGAUCGGUGCGCGAGUUCAAUGUUGAACAUGCUAGACCACGGAGGCUAUUUCCACAACAACGCAACUUUAAUCGCCAUAAUCAUGGAGAUUAUGGAUCUGCGUCAGGUGUGCGAUCACGACGAGGAGGAUGGCAAGAUCCAUAUAGCCGCUUUUAUGAGACGGCAUAAGAUUCGUGAGUAUUAAUAAUUUGUACAUUAUUAACACUAGCGAUUAAACUUUUUAAUACUAAUGUAGUAUUUUUUCAUAGAGAAUCGUCUCGUUGCCAUGGUGAAUCCGCUUCCUCCACGUCCUGCAACCGUCGCGGAACAGCUUCCUCCUCCAGGCGAACGACGUCUCUCAUUGAGACGCCGUCGUUGUCGACUAUCCGAGAACGAGCCCGAAGAAGUACUUGCACGUAAGUUAAAGACAAUAAAAUUAAAUCUUUAAAAUACGGAUUAUAACGUAAUUAAAAUAUUAAACUUUUUCUUUUA